AUGAGCAUGCGUACAUCUGAGAGUAGUAAUAAUAUUGAUUGUAAGAAUGAAUGCUCGAAGUAUGUUUAUGGGAAAUUGUAUGAUCUGAUUAAAGAUUUGAAUAACUAUAACGUACAAUGUUAUAUUAAUAAUGAGAAGAAAAUAAAUUUAUAUGAAGAUUUUAAAUAUAAGAAAAAAAAAAAAAUUGAAUUUAUGUCCAUCGUGGAUUAUUAUGGAGGUUUGAAAAAUAAUGAAUAUGAGUUUUUUAUAAUUCCUAUUAUAUUUAAUAAACAUAAUGAAAUAUUAUAUAUGGGUGUAUCUAUAUUUUUUAAAAAUAAAUUUUUUGAAGAAUAUAAAAUGAAUAAUUAUAAUUACAUCGAACUAUUUAUAUAUAAUGUAAAGAAUGAAGAAACAAAUAAUAAUUUGUAUCCUCAUAUGGAUAUUAUUCAAGAGAAGAGAAAAAAUACUUUUUUAAAUUUUCUUAUAAAUCUAGAUGAUUUAAACAAACAUCAUAGACAAACAAAUAAUCAUAUUGAAAAAAAGAAUACAUGUGCUGAUAAAAAUAUUUAUAAUAAUAAUAAUAAUAAUAAUAAUGGUGAUAAUGAUGAUGAUGAUGAUGAUGAUGAUGGCCGUUGUGGUGAUGUGCAUAAUGUAUGUACUAAGAAAAAUAUAUAUAGUUAUGAUAAUAUAAUAAAUGUAUGUAAUAAUGAACAAAUAUGUGAUAAAAAAAUUUGUGAUGAACACAUAUGUGAUAAUGAUAAAAUUAACAAGGUGGUUCCUAAUACGAAUAGUAAAUGUACACAUAAUAUUUCUAAUUAUCUACAUAACGAAAAAAUAAGUGGGGAUUAUAAGAAGAUCCAAUUCCCCAUAAAAAUUGAUGAUCACCAUAUUUUAUGUAGUGAUGGGGUGGUAAAAUUAAAGAAUGAAGAAAAUGCAGAAUUUAUUAAUGAUACAAAGAAAAAAGCACUUUCAUCAAUGUAUGAGACAUCUACAUAUAGUAAUACUACUAUACAAGGAACAACGAGAAAAAUCGGGAUCCAAAAAAAUAAUAAUGAUAAUAUUUAUAAGGGUCCUGUUACUACAGAUAACCACCAUUCCGUGUGGAAAGAAGAGACCAUUAAUAAAUAUCAAAAUUAUAAUUAUUCAUAUAUUACAAAUGAAAUAAAUAGGGUUUAUAAAAAUGUUGAUAAUAAAGAAAAUGAUAAGAAAGAUGAUGGGUGUUGUGGUCCUUCUUUAGUGAAAUAUAAUGAGGAGAUAUAUCAUGCAAAUAUUUCUGUACAAAGAAAGGAGAUGACUAUGGGAAGGUUGGAAGAGAAAAAAAUGGGAGAUAUCUUAGAGGGGGUUAACUCAAGCAUCAAUGUUGAUGGUAAUAAAAACAAAAAUGUUAAUGGUAAUAAAUACGAACAUGUUGAUGGUAAUAAAUACGAACAUGUUGAUGGUAAUAAAUACGAACAUGUUGAUGGUAAUAAAUACGAACAUGUUGAUGGUAAUAAAAACAAAAAUGUUGAUGGUAAUAAAAACAAAAAUGUUGAUGGUAAUAAAUACGAACAUGUUUAUGAUAAUCAAAAGAACAAUGUGACCAAUUCGGUGAACACCUUUUGUUCAUAUAAAUAUAGUGCUAGAUGUGCUAAGGAGAAGGUGGAAUGGAAGAAUUAUUUAAGUGAAGAUAUAAAAAUAAAGAGCCCCCCAAAAAAAGAUGAAGAAAAUGUAAAGAUAAAUAAUAUGUUCAAAUGUGGUUUUUAUAGCUUUAAAGGAAAUAGGACUUAUAACGAAGAUAGAGUGAUUAUUAUUGAAGACAUGAAUAAUUUUUUAAAAGAAGAAUAUGAUAUAUUAACAAAAAAAGAAAAAAAGGAAUAUGAAUUAAUGGAUGAAGAAUAUUUAAAUAUAAUUAAUAAUAUAAAGGAUAUGGAAACACCAUCUUAUAUUUAUUGUGCCAUAUAUGAUGGUCAUAAUGGUGAUAAUGCUGUAAAUAUAGUACAGAAAUUAUUACAUAUACAUAUGUAUUAUUAUUUUAUAAAUGGAAAUGGUUUAGAAAAUUCUUUAAAAUAUUCGUUUCAAGAAAUAGAUAAUUAUUUAUGUAAAAAUAUUAUAAAUAUAAAAGAAGAAAACCAUUCUAAUUAUUCCAGCGGUACUACAGCAUGUGUCAGCGUUAUAUUUAAAAACAUGUUAUAUGUUGCUAAUAUAGGUGAUAGCAGAUGUAUCAUAAGUAAAAACGGUAGAGCCAUAGUUCUUACAGUAGAUCAUAGAGCUAGUAUUAAUAAAAAAGAACAAGAUAGAAUAUUAAAAUCAGGAGGAAUUUUAGAUGAUGAAGGAUAUUUAGGUGGAUGUUUAGGAGUAUGUCGAGGAUUCGGUUCUUUUCAUAAAAAAACAAAAGAAAAAUUAAAAGGUCUAAUAUGUGAACCUGAUUUAUUUCAUAUUAAAUUAACAGACGAUGAUGAAUUCUUAAUUAUUUGUUGUGAUGGUAUUUUUGAUGUUAUAACAUCACAAGAAGCUGUUAACACAGUCAAAAAUUCUUUAAUACAAUCAAGAGAUGCUAAAACAGCUGCAGAAGCUUUAUGUCAACUAGCUUAUAAAAAAAAAUCAUUGGAUAAUUUAUCUGUCCUUGUGGUUAUAUUUCAAAAUCCGGAUAAGAAUAAUAAGGUCUCUUCAAUAAAUGAAUCUUCUGGAAUAUACUCAGGCCAAGCUGGACGCGUUCGCCGACGUAUCAAGUUUUCGGCUUUGAAGGAUUUAAUAAAUCAAUAG